CUUUUACAGCAAACUUUUAUUUGCGCCAAAUAUGUAUACUAACCAAGGGAACGCCCUUAUGGGCGGAGGACAAAAUGUGAGUCCAAAUGGCGAGCAGCUACACCAGCAGUCUCCACAACACCACCAACAGCAGAACCUCAAUUAUAAUGGUGCCCAGCCGAAACAAUCACAGGCAGAUUUACAAUCGUCGUCUCAGCAGCAAGCGACACCCAAUAAAAAAAUAGCAAAAAAAGCAUAUGUGAAAAUUGUGGAGCAACCCGCCAGCAAAGCAUUGAGAUUUCGCUACGAGUGCGAAGGUCGUUCUGCUGGUUCGAUACCGGGCGUGAACUCCACGCCAGAAAUGAAAACCUUUCCCACCAUCGAAAUUGUUGGUUACAAGGGACGUGCCGUUGUAGUCGUGUCCUGUGUGACUAAAGAUGCCCCAUAUCGACCACAUCCGCACAAUUUGGUAGGAAAGGAGGGCUGCAAGAAAGGCGUUUGUACCUUAGAAAUCAACAGCGAAACGAUGCGUGCCGUUUUCAGUAAUUUGGGCAUACAAUGCGUCAAGAAAAAGGACAUUGAAAGCGCUCUAAAGGCACGAGAAGACAUUCGGGUCGACCCCUUCAAAACUGGAUUUUCACAUCGUUUUCAGCCCACCAGUAUAGACUUGAAUGCAGUGCGUUUGUGUUUUCAAGUAUUUUUGAAAGGUGACAUGGGUCGCUUUACGGUGCCUCUGCCUCCUGUCGUCUCCGAACCAAUUUAUGACAAAAAGGCUAUGUCAGAUCUCGUUAUUAGUCGUAUAUGCAGUUGUUCGGCUACAGUGCUGGGCAACACGAAAAUCAUUUUACUCUGCGAGAAGGUAGCCAAAGAGGAUAUUGCUGUGCGUUUCUUUGAAGAGAAAGAUGGUGUUACUAUUUGGCAAGCGUUUGGGGAAUUCGAGCACAACGAUGUACACAAACAGACUGCAAUUACAUUUAGGACACCUAAGUUCCAUAGGACCAACAUUACCGAACCAGUCGAGGUAUUUGUGCAACUGCAACGACCUUCAGAUGGAGCUGUCAGCGAUCGUGUGAAGUUUGAAUAUGUGCCGGCGGAAUCGGGUAGGUACUCUAUAGAGAAUUUACGUCGUAUGCUCAAAAGGAAGCCUGACGAAGACAUAUUUGAAGAAAUAUUAGCCGCAGCUGGCGCGAUAAAACCAGCUGUUUUAGAGGUUAUAGAUUUAAAUACGCCGACCGCAGCUCCACACCAGGAGGUGGAUCAACUUUUUAAUAAUGCAAUCAUAGUGGAAGCAGAAGAAGCGGACAAACGGCGAAGGGAGAAUGAAAUCGAUGCGAUUAUAGACGAAAAAGUACGCGAGCUGGAACAACCAGAUCAACAACAGCUGAACCAAGCACAAGUGGGCCAACAAUAUGUAGAGCUGCAACAAGCUGCAGCGCCGCAACAAGUUCAAAAACAGCCAGAGGAGGUGCAAGCGGGUGUAGCACCGCAAACCGUAUUUCCCGUAUCAGAACAACAGCAAGUGAUCUCUGUUAACGAAAAAAUCAAUGAGUGGAUGAAAUCCAACGACUUGCAGCAGAACGAAGGUUCGCCACCGCCCGACGGUGCGGCUUCUAUAGCCUCCAUCGAUGAGGAUAAGGUGCUUACAGCGCUUUUGGAUGAGGCCGCCGAACUCGAUGAAAUCUACACGCGUCAUGUCCUGCAUCGUGACACAUACACUGCUAAGCUCAGUGAAGUAAAUGAUGUUAAAACUAAACAGGGUGCUCAGAGAUACCCGAUGGAGGUAGAUGACAGUUUUGAUGAUGCGGCCACGUAUAGUAGUUUACAGAAAGCUUUUAAAAACCCAGUAGAUAUACCAUUAGACGUUUUGAUGCCACCUACCCCACCAGCCUCACAACUUGCACCAGAGGACGCAUUACAUUACGAUCAUGUAGACCAUUUCGCAUUGAGUGCUGAUGCCGCCGUUGCUGCGCUGGAGCAGCUGCCAAUGCUACCGCUCAACCAACCACGAAGCCAACAAGCGGCUUUACCGCCACGUCCAAAUUCUUUGAAAUAUCCAUCACCUCAACUGCAUGUGACUGCAGCCGAGGAAGAGAAAUUGCCACCCUUACCACCAAAACGUAUACGCAAGCAGGAUGGUACGACGGUGGAAAAUCGAGCGUUUGAGGCCAAUGCUGGCGAAGCAGCAGAGCGCAUAUCUCGCUCGCCUGCGCCGAUCAUCAUCAAAAAGACGCCCGACCAAACGCCACUUUCAAAACGUUUGCCCCCGAAACCUAACAAUCCAAGUAAUUCAAACACCUUACCGAAGCAAAAGAAACCAGGUUUCUUCUCGAAGAUCUUCUCCCGCCGUAAAAGUAAAUCAGAUCUAAGUCAAAGUGGUGAGGUUUCCGGCUCCAAUUCCAAGGGAACCACACCGAAUAUGAGCCGCGAACCAAGUAUUGCUCACUUCCGUCUGAACGAUCAUAAUCGCGCUUCAGUUAAAUCACUACAACCGACAUCUCUACCGACAAGCCCCAAUAAGGGAGCCAAGCCAAGCCGCCCAGUGGGCCGCAGUGUAAGUAGCGUUUCCGGUAAACGUCCACCACGUCUAACCGCCGACGUCAUACACAUACCACUGAAAGGUGACAGUGUAAAUAGUCUGCCACAGAAUGAGGCCUAUUCGCACGCCAGUACGGUAACUCUGAGUAAUACACUCGAUCGAAAAACUGUAUCCGCCUUGCAGCUUGCAGAUAUUCCAAUAUGUGAGGGUAAUAUGGAGCUGGUAGCCAUAGCAGAUCGCCAAAGCUUGCGUAAUCUAUGCGAGGGGGCCUUCAAUGUCCAACUCGAUCCCGAUGUAGAUUUAACAGAAGCGGAACAUUUCGCUUUGUACACUAGCAUACCGCCCCAGGCGUCGACAAGCGAGUUUGACGAAGCCUCGGCUUACUACGCAGCUGUCGACGCGGGCGAAAUUUUGACUCCCGAUGAGAUCGGUAGGCGGUUGGCGGCAGCGAACAACAUCAAUUGAAAGGGAGUAGUUUGCUCUUCUAACUAGAGCUUGGUUACUUUUAAAUAAAAUUUUUCUUGAGAAAAUAUGUUUUUUUGGCCGUAUUUAUACGGAAUUUGUGAGCAGCGUAAGAAUUAUAGCGACUUAUAAGAGUGUGGAAGGCAGUACGUUGUUUAUUAGCCAAUUUGUAUCUUCCUGCAACCACUUUAAUUAGCCACUUUUUGAAUUUAAAAAAUGAAAUGUUUGCUGGUUUAAUGGAACCGCUGUUCCAAAGCAGCCAAGCACAAAUGUUUGUUGUAAUUGUUUUUUGUAUCGAUAAAUACCUUUAACUGGUAUUUUGCCCCAAUAAACCUUGGAAGGCACAUAUGUACAUACAUAGUAUGUAUAUGUAUAUACAUACAUAUCUACGUUUGCAUGUAUAAAUCAAUUUUAAUUGAAAUAAAGCAUUUUGUUUUGACAGUCGAAGGCGGAAAACGUCCCUUGGGACUUCGUUACUAAAGCUGAAUUUGCAUGCGUUUGUACAACGCUUUUUAUAAAUGACAUUUGUCAAAGGAAACGUCACUCAUAGAAUUUUGAUAAAUGCAGUGCGUUGAAAAAGAAAUUUUAAUACUAGUCAUUACAACGUCAUUCUUAGACUUAAAAAUAAGAAACGAAAAUUGUUAAAACUAUAUAUUGUACUUACAAAAGCAUUGGAUAACUCUAAAAUUUUUGCAAAAACUAUGUACACUAUUGUAGUCAAGGUUAAAAAAAACUUACCUAUUUAUAAAUUUGAACUACUAUAUAUUUAAUUUUAAGAUUUGUUUAGCUGAGAUUUUGAAGUCAUGUAUGUAUGUGUAUGAAUUAAUUAACGAAAUACGUAAAAAGUAUUUUAAGAGCCCUUUUUAUUGCGAUGUACCAGUAGAAUUGUUUUAUAUGGUGAAGAUAAUAAAUUGAAAACUCUUUUGC